CCCUGAUGUAGCCAAGUCCAAACAUCUCUGUAACACUUUCCAACUUCCCAACAGGCUACUCGAUGGCACCAAACUGUGGAAGACAUGGAGGAGCAGCCCUCCUGUUCUUACAAUGGCCUCUAAUUGGCAGUAAAACCCACUAAUUAAUUCUCUGACCACAUAAACAUUCUAACAACCCUCCAAAGCGCUUCAUGCGACGAUUUCCGAGCCUCUUCAUACUACAGAGGACUUUAUCGAUCUUCUACCAGUCGAAGGAAAGGUUCGCUUGCAUUGCCAGUGUUCCCAUACAAGUCAUCGAAAAUGUGACGAGCCCUUUCACGGGAAUAAAUGAACUUUCUGCUGCCCCUACCUUCUAUUGAAGUUAGACCGGGAAUGGUUCUGUACUUCUGGUUGUGGUGAGCAAGGUAAUGCUUCACGCUCAAGGGACAUCUUUUAAGGAAUGGACGGCCUUCUCAGACAUUUAACACUUGCCAUGGCAAGACGACAUGGAGCCAUUGUCACCUACUUUGUAUUAAGUGCCUUGCCUUUGAGUAUGUCCCUGGCAGAGGUCAAGAUGUACAAUGCGUCGCAGCUGCUGGAGAACAUGCUGGUGGGUUAUGACAAGCGGCUGAGGCCUGGAUUCGGUGGGAAGCCGUUAGCAGUGAUGAUCUAUAUCAAUCUACGAUCCAUGGGCCCUAUAUCGGAAUUAGACAUGGUGUACACAUUGGACUGCUAUUUCCGCCAAACCUGGUAUGAUAAACGCCUGUCCAUGAACAUAUCGCUGGAGCACCUCCCCCUGGGUAUCACGAUUCUAGAACGGAUUUGGCAUCCUGACACCGUCUUCUACAACGGCCAGAACUCCUACCUCCACACAAUCACGACGCCCAACAAAUUUGUCAGGAUCAGUCCCAAUGGAAACGUCCUCUACUCACAAAGGCUGACGAUCCGGGCAAGCUGUGUGAUGGACCUGAAGACAUUCCCUCUGGAUAUUCAGAGCUGUCCACUGUUCUUUGGUAGCUUUGCGUAUUCUACUGAAGACGUUGUGUAUCAGUGGCGUUAUGGUAAAGAUGGAAAGUCGGUGGAGUUUGGGAAAGAUAUCUGGUUAUCCCAGUUUGAUCUUAUUGGGAGUCCAUUGUCCAACUAUACAGGCAAUAUCAAAGGAGCUCCCCAUACGAUUCUAAAGGUAAAGUUCCACCUGUACCGCCACGCUGGAUACUUCAUCAUACAGGUGUACGUGCCAUGUGCCUUACUCGUCAUCCUGUCCUGGGUGGCUUUCUGGAUCAACAGAGAGGCCACGGCCGACAGAAUCGCCCUAGGAACAACAACUGUUUUGACCAUGACGAUUUGUGGAAUUGAAAACAAGACUGAUUUUCCUAAGAUAUCCUAUAUCACGGCCCUAGACAUGUAUGUAGCUGUGUGCUUUGCCUUUGUUUUGGCCACCAUACUAGAGUUCGCCUUCGUCCAUUACUUUACCAAAUACGGCACCGGGGAACCUCUACUGUACGACUCAAGCGAGGACGAAGAGGACAGUGUGUUUGAAGAGACGUUUGAAGAAGAACAAGAAUGCCCCGACCUCGAAUCUAAUGGCCUUGACGGAUCACACAUGCCGAAGCCUGCUAAGGGUGGUAACUUUGGGAGGAUCUUGCUUGCCAAGGUGUGCGACUGUCUCCACUGCAUCACACAUACAAAGGUGUACUAUGGCUUUAAGAAAAAGGAUAUGACUGGCUUCAUUAACAGCGUCAGCCAGAUUGAUAAGUCCUCAAGGGUAUUAUUUCCUGUGACGUUUUUGAUCUUCAAUGUAGUGUACUGGGUGUCCUAUUCUCGAUGGAAGGUGUAACGUAUUGUGGAGACUCAAGGUUGUGACGUUGUUGUCGAGCUCACAGAAGACGAUCAGUUCAAUGGAACUAAGCAGAAGCGGAUGGUUGAUUAAAUGUUGCUGACCUAAUAACGCCGGUGACAGGGGGAUGUGACAGACGAUGUGACUUCCCUUGAAGGACAAGGAAAUUAACGGAACUGACCUACAAAAGAGCUUGAUGUGGAAGCCCCGAGACACUGUCGUCCAUGAGACUUGACUGACAUAGUUAUUAUGGCGAUGGACUUCGGCAAUAAACUUGUUUGUCAAAAAGAGAAAGUGCUUAUUAUCAAACAUCAAUUGUGCAAUAAGAACUUCGAAUAUAUCAAUGAUAAAAGUACAUGGCGAUCUGUUUUAUAUCUUUCAUGUCAUCCAAAGAAGUGAGCUUGUGUAAAUAUGAACGUCAUCGCCAGAAUAUGACUCGAUUAUCCGUAGAACAGAUUCCUCUGGGUGUAAAAGGCAAAAUAGCGGUGAAUAUUUUAUGAAUGGAUGACUGUAACUCAGUGAUGACACCAUGUGUUAAAACUGUCCUUUUCGGAUUGAAGUCGCUGAGAUGUGAAGAUCUCUAAGUUGUGUGUGUGACAAUGGGUUUCAACAUUUAUGUUUCAUAUAUUGCCUCUGUAACACAAACAAUGCAACGUGGAUAUCAGCGUUUAUUCCAUUAGUAUUUCCUGAAACCCAGUUCAAACUGUAUACAUCUGGUAACACUGUUGCCAAUUUGCUGAAUCAGAUUCUUUGUCUGAAUCCACAUUGUUUCUUUCGAGGAAUCUUCUAUCAUAACUAUAUGGCGAGUCUUCAAGAGCAUUAUUUCAUGUUAUUGAAUGUAAGAAUAUAGAUUCAUAGAUAUUCUGAUUUGUUAUAGGAUGAUUAGGGGUUUAGAUGAGAAGAAUGUUCAUCAUCGUAACUAUGUUAUGUGUCAAUUUCCAUCGGUUCUAUUUGAAAAACCGAUGGAAAUGGACGAGAAAAUGUUUUAACGUGACAAGUUCAUGCAAGCAAUAGAUAAACAAAUGAAACUGCUGUUUUUGCUCUCUUCUUCGUGGUUAAAUCAUCCAGUAUGCAAUAGCCGUGUCGAAGUUCAAAGUCGAUGCCUUGUAAUUUUCAUGAAAUUGACAUUUUGUGUAUGCACUGAAACCAUAUCAGUGUAUAUAUUAAACAUGCCACUGUAGAGUGUUUUCGUUCUCGUUUUCUUUCUUUACAAUCAUUGUAGAUUCUAACUAUUGAAGAUAAAUAUGAUUCAAAAUUCACAUGCAUGAUUCAGAUUCGGACUGUUUAUCUUUGUCACCUUCUCAUGCUAAUAAUGUUUUUUUAUGUUCGAAAAAACAGUUUGAUCACACCGUUCGCGACUUGGUUAUUUCUUAGAAAUCAAUUGCAUACUAGGUGUUUUUUUAUGGAUUUUAAUGUUAAAUGUAAAAGGGGUGUUUGCGGCAAUCUGAUUGGUUGAAAGACGUGAUUAAAUGGGAUUCGAAUCCUGGACUAUUCACUGCGCAUGAUUACUUUCUUGAUAAGUAGUUUACCUUAAUCACGUAUUUGAACAACUUGUCAUUCGGUUUGGCGAAAUAGACGUUAAUUAAAUAAAAACAGUUUGAUCAAUAUUUGUCAGAACAAAAUCGAUUUAGUAAUUAUUUUUUCAACAUUCUGCUUACCGGGCGAGUUCAGCUGUCACGGAAGCAGGUGACGUCAUCCAUUGUAUUAUGAUGUCAUCACUUACCAGGUUGACGUCAUAUCAUUUCAAAAUGACGUCAUGUCUGUCUCUGAACUAUGGGAAAUACGAAGAGAGAGUGUGUAAAUGACUGAUAACUUUUGUAAACUGCUGGGCAAAAGAAAGUAUACACCUAUGUUUGAUGGUGGCUAAAAAUAUAACAAACAAUGAUUAUUCGAUGGUGAUGUAUUUACAAUAGUUUUCUUUUAGACCUUGUUUGCAGUGUUUCAGUGAUUAUUUUCAGUCUGGAAAUGUUUCAAUAACGUUUGUGCGUUUUUGGUCAAAUCCAGUUUUCAAGUGUAUACUUUCCUUUGCCCGGCAGUGUAUUUUUCAAUGUCGAUGAUAUAACAUGUUUUCAGAUUUGUGUUUUCUUGCGGGGUAUUUUCAAUCCCCGGAAAUAUUAUAUUUAUCUUCUAAUUUGGAUCAGUUCAGCACAAGCUCAUAUAUUUAUUUGAAGUAUCGGCAAUGCAGCUGUGACUCCUUAUUUUCAGAGACGACCAAAACAAGACGCUGUCCUUUUAUAUGAUCCCGUUAGAUCUCUGGGUACAGCUAUUCAGUUGUAUUUACGUGUUGCAAAGAUUCCUCUUUUUGUGUGGUGUUCAGGAAUACGUGACGACACUCGGUACUUCAGACAUGUUUCUUUUGAAUUCAUCAUAAUACUUUCAACAUUACAUCUGACGAGGACAUGAGUU